UGGAUCCGGAGGGGCGGGCGAGGGAGCCGCUCUGCUUUCGGGGCACAGCAGGAAGGGCGGUCUCGCUCGCGCCCCACGUGCGAGCAAGGAUGGGAGGUAGCAGUUAAAAUACCCGGGGAAGUCAGAGAAAGAGGGCUAGUCCUGGCGGCCUGCCGCAGAAGAAAACAAACCCCCCGUCGUCCAGGGAUAAAACGUCUUCCUGGUCCCACGCAUGACGAUUUGCCUGGCCAGCACCUUCUAGAAAGACCUUCUGGCCAGGAACCUCUGGGUGUUUUAAAUCCCAGCACUUGCAUUGGCACAGCCCAGCCCCAGCUGAAGCCAGCCCCAGGGCUUCUGAGGAAGCCAGCUUGGUUGUUUCAUGGGGUUCACACGUGCAGUCUGGGUAGGGAACAAAAACAGUUGGGGAUUGAAGUAUGCCCAGUACAUAGGAAAUCUGCAGAUAUGAAGCAGUCGCAGAGGGGUACCAGAAGUCACCUGUGUGAUCCCAGGGCAAUCUACUCUAAAUUCAAAGUUUGCUCCAUAGCAUGGAAGCCCUGGAGCUUGUCAGUGAAACACCUGUGUUCUUUUGUCAUGUUCUAGCAAAGAACUGAGUUCUUGGCUAAAAUUAAAAGAAAGAAAAGAAAAGUCUGGCAUACUCAUGAGGCAUGGAAAAUUUCAGUUCAAAUGGUUGAAGUCAAAGUUUAAAGCAACUGAAGUGACAGUAAUCAGUGGGCUUAUCAUGCUGGUGCUGUUCUUUUCAGAGCUGCAAUACUACCUCACUAAGGAAGUUCAUCCUGAAUUAUAUGUUGACAAAUCAAGAGGAGACAAACUGAAGAUCAAUAUAGAUGUUAUCUUUCCACACAUGCCUUGUGCUUAUUUGAGCAUUGAUGCAAUGGAUGUGGCAGGAGAGCAGCAGCUAGAUGUGGAGCACAAUCUCUUCAAACAACGUUUGGAUAAAGAUGGCAGUCGCGUGACUCCAGAGGCUGAGAGACAUGAGCUAGGAAAAGAAGAGGAGAAAGUGUUUGAUCCAAAUUCCUUGGAUGCUGAUCGCUGUGAGAGCUGUUAUGGAGCAGAAUCUGAGGAUAUCAGAUGCUGUAAUACUUGUGAUGAUGUAAGAGAAGCAUACAGGAGGCGAGGCUGGGCCUUCAAGAAUCCUGACACCAUAGAACAAUGCAAGAGAGAAGGGUUCAGCCAGAAAAUGCAAGAACAGAAGAAUGAGGGCUGCCAAGUAUAUGGAUUCUUAGAGGUUAACAAGGUAGCUGGGAACUUUCACUUUGCACCAGGAAAGAGCUUUCAGCAGUCUCAUGUUCAUGAUCAAUAUGACGCACUAUAUCAAACAUCUCUCAUUUGGGAGGGAUUAUCCAGGCAUCAUGAACCCUCUAGAUGGAACAGAUGUCAUUGCACAACAAGUAGGGUCUGGCCCCCUUCAGUAGGGUCUGCAGAAAAUUCCAGCCUUCUUUCAAGUGACUGCCAUCUCCCAUUGUUUUCAAGGGGAUUGAAGGAAGAGUCUGCCCUCAGGAGCUAUUGUGAACUGAAUGUUCCUCUCCAUCUCAAAACAGGAAAAGGCCCAGCUUCAAUGAUGUUUCAGUACUUUGUCAAAGUGGUUCCUACAGUCUAUAUGAAAGUAGAUGGUGAGGUGGUGAGGACUAACCAGUUUUCAGUUACCCGGCAUGAGAAAAUAGCGAAUGGACUAAUAGGAGACCAGGGCCUCCCUGGUGUAUUUGUGCUUUAUGAGCUUUCUCCUAUGAUGGUGAAACUGACAGAGAAACACAGGUCCUUUACCCAUUUUCUUACUGGAGUCUGUGCCAUUAUUGGAGGAGUGUUUACAGUGGCAGGACUAAUUGACUCCUUGAUCUAUCACUCUUCUCGUGCCAUACAGAAGAAAAUUGAACUUGGGAAGACAACAUAGAUAAAUAGCUACUGCAUCCUAUCAAAAACUUGCAGAGGAGCUAAGCAAAUCCUUCAAGACACAUGUGAUUCCCCACAAUGUACAAAAAGAUGAUGUCUGAGAUUAUCAAAUGGUUCUAAGCAUUCCUCUAUCACUCUCCUUAUUCUUUGUUUGGCAUUAAUUUGUGGAAGAGACAGCUCAAACCUAGCUGCUAUAAGGAUCCAUUACCCAUCUAACUAUGCAGACCCAACCAUAUGCACCCUUGCACAUCAGUCAUUGUCCACCAAGUCUGUUAAGUUGCUUCCUGAAACUGCUGCAGGAAGCAUUGCAUCUUGUGUGUUUCCAGAAAUAACAUAACAUAUUGUCAUAAAACACAAGAUGAGUUAAAGUUGCCUUCACAUCAACUUCUUGGCAGCGUCCACUAAUAUUUCCAAAUAUGUUCACACAAUAUAUCAGACCUCUGUCAAAAUGUACAGAAUUUCUGGGGUAAUUAGGUAAGACCUAGUACACAAAAUGGUUACAAAAUCUUGAGGCAUUGCGAAUCUCCAGAGCAGGGGAGACUCAAACUGCUGUUUGAAUGUAAAUAUGUUGAUCUGUACUGUCAAAAAAAACAAUCUUAGCUGUUUUUUUAAAUUGGGCCAUUUUUCACUUCCCAUAUUUUUGCUGUUUACAAUAAAAUAUGUUAUCCGUG